AACCAAGAUGGCUGCAGAGAGGGCGGAAGUGUCCGCACGUCCGGCCUCCGAGGCCUCUCUUUCUGCCCUGGCGGUCCCGCUCUCGAUGGUGGCGUGACGGGGGGCGGGGGUGGUGGCGCGUUCUCCUGGGUUGGGAGAGAACCAGCCCGCGAACCCAGGCCGGGAGGGGGUUUCGGCCUGGGGGGAAGGGGAUUGACAUGUCUCUCGAAGACCCCUUUUUUGUAGUCCGAGGCGAGGUGCAGAAGGCGGUGAACACGGCCCGCGGGCUAUACCAGCGCUGGUGCGAGCUUCUGCAGGAAAGCGCGGCGGUCGGACGCGAGGAGCUGGACUGGACGACCAAUGAGCUACGGAAUGGCCUGCGCAGCAUCGAGUGGGACCUCGAGGACCUGGAAGAGACCAUCGGUAUAGUGGAAGCCAACCCAGGCAAGUUCAAGCUCCCGGCCGGGGACCUGCAGGAGAGAAAGGUGUUCGUGGAGCGGAUGCGAGAGGCAGUCCAGGAAAUGAAGGACCAUAUGGUCAGCCCAACAGCCGUAGCAUUUUUGGAGAGGAAUAACAGAGAGAUCCUGGCAGGCAAGCCAGCUCCCCAGAAGUCACUCAGCGACCUGCUGGAUGCCAGUGCAGUCUCGGCCACGUCUCGCUACAUCGAAGAGCAGCAGGCCACACAGCAGCUGAUCAUGGACGAACAGGAUCAACAGCUGGAGAUGGUGUCUGGGAGCAUCCAGGUUCUGAAGCACAUGUCCGGCCGCGUUGGGGAAGAGCUGGACGAGCAGGCAUGCUGGAUGCCUUCGCCCAAGAGAUGGACCACACCCAGUCCCGCAUGGACGGGGUCCUCAGGAAGUUGGCCAAAGUAUCCCACAUGA